ACCUGGAGAAUUGUUAGCUGUUAUUGGUUCAGUUGGAUCAGGAAAGACAUCUUUAUUGAUGUCAAUAUUAGGAGAGAUUUCUAUUAUUUCUGGAACGGUAUCGGUGAAAGGAAAAAUAUCUUAUUCUUCACAAGAAGCAUGGAUAUUUAACGGAACAAUUAGAGAAAAUAUUAUAUUUGGAGAAGAAUAUCAGGAAGAGAGAUAUAGAAAAGUUUUACACAUAACGACACUUGAGAAGGAUAUAGGCUUAUUUCCUAACGGAGAUUUGACACUAGUAGGAGAAAGAGGGAUGAUAAUGAGUGGUGGGCAAAAGGCAAGAAUUAAUCUAGCAAGAGCGCUAUAUCACGAUGCAGACAUAUUUUUACUUGAUGAUCCAUUGAGUGCUGUCGAUGUUCCAGUAGCUAGACAUUUGUUCCAAAAGUGUAUAAUGGAAUUCUUGAACGAUAAAAUUUGCAUUUUAGUUACACAUCAAACACAAUUUUUGAAUUCUACAACUAAGGUUUUAAUGCUGAACGGGGGAAACUGUGAAUUUAUUGGCAGUUAUUAUGAAGUCGGAAACUUAGAAAAAUCUACAGCAAAUUUAUCAAAAGAGGAAACAGCUGAAAAGUACACGGAGUUUGAAAAUUUCUCUUACACUCAGAAAGAAAUUGAAAACAAUUAUGAAGACGUAUCUCACGAAAUACAAGGGACUAGUCAUGAAAAUGUAAUAACUAAAUACAAUAAAGUACAAGAAGAUAAAGGAGUUGGAGUAGUAGGAUCAUCUGCAUACAAAGCUUAUUUCAAUGCAGGAGCGGGUUUCUUCUUCAAGAUGCUUAUAAUAUUUAUGUUAAUUAUAUCGCAAAUCGUUUUCAGUGUCAGCGAUUACUGGCUAAUGAUAUGCUUACAAGAAGAAAGAAAAUAUACUCAGAAUUCAGGAAAAACAGCGAACUUUACCUCAGAAAUAGUGACUAUUAACAACACUAAACAUGAAAAUUUUUAUAAAGUUCGUGAAUUGAACAUUUACAUCUAUUUUGGAUUUAUAUCGGCAUCAAUAUUAACGGCAAUCUUAUCUGCCUCAUUAUUAUACGAACUCUUUGUUGCUGCCUCUAUAAAACUCCACAACAACAUGUUUCAUUGUAUUAUUCGUACUCCAAUUUUUUUCCUGGAUAACAAUCCGAUUGGCAAAAUCCUGAAUCGAUUUUCAAGAGAUACAAAUAGCAUGGAUGACAUGUUACCACUCGUUUUACUCGAAGCUGUCAGGACAUUUAUUAGAGUAAUCGGAAUAUUUGUUAUCGAAGGAAUUAUUUGCCCUUAUCUACUCAUAGUGAAGUUUAUACUUUUAAUGUCAUCUUAUCUUAUGUGGACGAUCCAUUGCGAUGUUUUGAAAAGCAUAAAAUAUCUGGAAGGAAAAUCGAGAAGUCCAGUAUUUUCCCAUCUGAGUGUAUCCCUUUACGGACUUACAACAAUCAGAGCAUUUAAUGUUAAAAAUAAAUUUAUAUCAGCUUUUAACGAAUACCAGGAUAAGCACACUGCAACGUGGUUCAUUUACGUAGCAUUGAAUCGAUGGAUUUGCUCCUAUGGUCACAUUAUAUGUUUUCUAAACCUUAUUGCCACUAUUGUAGUUUUAUGUAUUACAAUGCCAUCAAUUGAUGCAGGAAGCAAAAUCGGGCUUAUAAUAAAUUAUGAAUUCAUUUUACUUUUGUAUUUGGAAUGGUGUAUUAAACAUUUAUCUGAAACAGAGUAUCAGAUGAAUUCCGUUGCACGUAUACUGAAUUAUAGCGAGUUAAAAUCGGAAGCAGGUUAUGAAUCUUCUCCAAACGAACAACCUCCUGCUAAUUGGCCUCAGAAAGGAGAAAUUAAAUUUAAAAAUGUUUCUUUGAAAUAUUCGAAUGACAGAAGUAUUGUUUUAAAUAAUUUAUCCUUUUGUAUUAAGCCAGGAGAAAAGAUAGGAAUUGUUGGACGAACAGGAGCCGGAAAGAGUUCUAUAGUUGCUAGUUUAUUCCGUAUAACAGAGCCCACAGGAACAAUAACCAUCGAUGGAAUCGACACUAAAAAUAUUGGUCUUCGGGAUCUACGUAGUAAAAUCUCAAUUAUUCCUCAAGAUCCGGUGUUAUUUACUGGUCCUCUUCGCAGAAACAUUGACCCUUUCAAUGAAUAUUCGGAAGAAAUGUUAUGGCAAGCGAUCGAAGAGGUACAGUUAAAAGAUGUUAUAAAAAAUUUGCCUGGAGGAAUGGAUACACAUUUAACAGAAGGAGGGCGAAAUUUCAGCGUGGGAGAAAGACAGUUAAUUUGUCUUGCCAGGACAAUCCUUUGUCAGAAUAAAAUUCUUGUCAUGGAUGAAGCAACAUCCAAUAUCGAUAAAAUGACUGACACUCGUAUUCAGAAAAUUAUUCGGGAGAAUUUCAAAUCUUGUACAGUGUUAACGAUAGCACAUAGAUUAAAUACUAUUAUCGAUUCAGACAGAGUUAUGGUAUUACAUUCAGGAACUAUUCAAGAAUUUGAUGCACCAUAUACGUUACUAAAUGAUGUAAAUAAUACUUUUUAUAAUUUGGUGAAGAACACAGGAAAGACUUCAGAGAAAGAACUUUAUUAUAUAGCCACCAAUAAAUUCUGUGGUCAGGAACUUACAAUGAAUACAAAAUUAUAAAUAAAUGGAUGCUUAUGAUACAAAUUAAUAAUCUAGAACUUACAAAUAAUAUUCAACAUCUAAAACUUUUUUCUUAGAAACAUGUCUUUGGUCAUUCGUUUCAUGUAAGAAUUCAUAUUGCUGACAUCUUAAAUUUUCAAUUUUUUACUAUACUAUUCAUAAGAAAACGUUGUUAGAUUUAUGGUUAGUCGUUUUUUAAAUGAAUAUUUUGUAGAUGUCCAAUGUGAAGGUUUAGUUAAAAUGACGAUGAUUGAAAUUUUGCUGAACAACAGAAAAAUAUUCGUUAAUAUGAUAAAAGUUAGUAAUUUUAUUGUACUGUUAACAUUUAUAUAAAGUUUUUGGAAAUUAUUAAUAACAGGAAAAUAGCCUUUUCAGAACUGUUAUAAUAUAUUGUGAAAUAAUAUGAAUAAUAUUGUUUUCACCACAGAAAACAUAUAGAUCUAUUGUAAUUAUUGUAUUGAUUUUGUGUGAUUUAACAGAUAAUAAAG